ACUCGGUACUGAGCACAUCGCGCAGAACGGGCUGUUCGCGAUCAGAAGUUUAACGUAUUAGUCGGAAUGUUCGGUUUUCCUUCUCUCAGAGGUCACAAUUUUGCGUCACUCCUGUUUGAAUUCGAAUUCAACCGCGAAAGCUGACUUUGCUGUAGGUAGCAGUGGGGGGGCAACGUGACUCCUCAAAACGGGUGAUCGCGGUGUGACUUGAUAGGUUGUAAAACAACUUUUUACUGGUGAGCCCAUAACUUAUCAAUAAUCCCGACACGCCCGAUGUGAAUGACAUUGUGCGGUAGCAAUGUGUGAAACAACAAAUCAACCCAUUAUCAAUGUGUGAAACAAAUAUCACAGUGAACGAAACGGACAACGUGCUGCACACUAUCGGUCUAUCGAUGAGAAAAAGAACAAACGGAACGAUGGCGACACGGCUAUAGGGAAAGAUAAUUUUUAAGAUUGUGAUAAUGUGGUCCCAGCGAUAAUCUUCCAUUGCGACGAUAGUAAUAUUGUCCCUCGAACUAAAGUGAUAGACUCUCGAUUUUGCAGUCAGUCAAGUGUGUGAUGCGCUACCGGACAGGUGACCGAAUGACGAACUCGGUGUUUUGACAAACGAGCAACCUUGGCAGGUAACCAGUUACGGUGACACCGCAAAAAUUCGUGCUAAACGAUCAGUGCAAUGCCAGUGAUAGUGACUUCCGGGCUCUUUAGUAGUACAGUGUAUGUUGAAGAAUUGCUAGUACAUCGAUACAUCAGCAAGUGAAAAAUUUCCCUACCACUCGGUUUGAACAUCGAUUGGCGAUAAGUGGGCCGUUUGAAUUUUGCCAAAAUCAGCGAAAUGAAGACCAAUUAUCUGUGCGGAUUAUCGUCCUGGCAUCCAGAAUGGCUGCAGCGUUUUGCAACGUCAAAAUCUUUCAUCAUGGUGUACGGAUUUCUGGGAACGACUCAGGCCAUGGCCUACAUUUACUUCGUCAUCACAUUGACGACACUGGAAAAGCGAUUCAAAAUUCCGUCCUCCACAACAGGAAUCAUCCUCAGUGGCAAUGAAAUAUCACAAAUCCUACUCUCACUUAUCCUCUCGUAUGUCGGUGGUCACCGGAACCGUCCCCGAUGGAUAGCGUGGGGAGUUGUGUUUUGUGCACUUUCCUGUUUCAUCCUGGCGUCACCUCAUUUUAUCUACGGAGCUGGAGAAGCCGCACUGCAACUCACAAAAGAGUUCAUCAGCGAUCAAGAAGCAGAAGCGAUCCUCAACAGCCACAACUUCACGAAGAUAGUGAAAAGUACGAAUCGUCUCUGUUUGGACACUUUCUCACCCAAAGAGUGUCAUGAGAUUAUCUCGAUUGUCCCGCUGGUGCUAAUAUUCAUGUCCCAGUUUGUGCUGGGAAUUGGAAACACUCUCUAUUACUCGCUGGGACAGACCUAUUUGGAUGAUAACACGAAGAAGACCAACACACCACUAAUGCUUGCGUAUGCUUCAUCACUUCGAACCUUCGGCCCGGUCGUUGGAUUCGCUCUUGGUUAUUUUACACUAAAGAUCUACAUUGACCCAACAAAAACUCCCGUCAUCGACAGUUCCGAUCCGCGCUGGUUGGGUGCCUGGUGGCUGGGAUGGAUAAUUCUAGGUCUAGCAAUGCUGAUAUUUGCCGUUCUUAUCGGAUUGUUUCCGAAGGAUUUACCUGUCAAGAAGAAGGAGAUCAGCAGACCUAAAUCAAACAUGCCCGUCGUGCUGAUGAAUGAUGCGGAAGCAUUUGGAAAAGAAAAAAAUCCUUUGAGCAAACCGACCGAACCGAACAAUCAUUUGACGCCAAAUGGGAAUACUGCAGAAGCACCGCUGGUUGAAUUUCCACAGCUUAAAGAUUUCCCGAAAGCUUUGAUGAGACUUCUCAAGAACAAGCUGCUCAUGUUCAACAUAAUCUCCGGCAUUUUUUACAUUUUGGGCUCCAGUGGCUAUAUAACAUUUCUUAGCAAGUACAUCGAGGUGCAGUUCCACAAAUCGACAGCGAACGCAACGGUCAUAACCGGUCCGAUCACUUUGUUCGGAAUGGUGGCCGGAUUUCUAAUCUCAGGCAUUGUCAUCUCCAAGAAAAAACCAUCUCCGAAAAUACUGCUCUUCUGGAAUGUAAUCGUCGGAGUCGGAUAUAUGAUGGGUCAAUUUUCGUACCUAUUCCUCACCUGUCCGGACGGUAGCAUGCCUCUGAUGCAGGGCAAACUGAAUCUUUCGGCUGAAUGCAACAGUCACUGCCAUUGCGAUGGCAUCCCGUACAGCCCGAUCUGUCAGGAGGAUACGGGAAUCACGUUCUUUUCCGGCUGUCACGCUGGGUGUGACGUGUGGAACGCUUCCGGGAAAUUCUACGAUCAAUGUACCUGUCAAGACGAAAACUAUUCACCGAUUACGAGACCUUGGUUGAUUCGACCCAGCCACACUACCGAGCAGAUUAAAUUCGAUGAAACUACGACGACAGAACAAUACACCCCCUUGGUUACUAGUUCCAAUAAUACCAGUAUUACUACGACCACUCUGGAAUAUUCGGAGUACGAGAAUUAUCCGAAAUUGAAAUCUUUGCGUCCAUUGCAGAACAAUUCUGAGGUGACAGCAAAUCAAACAACGGAAGAUGAUUCCUACAUAUACGAUGAUGAUAUUACCGACUAUUUGGAUCGUUUGCUUGGGAAUGACGGUGACGGGAAUGACGGUGACUUCAAUGUUUCCUCAAGUGAGGAACCCCAGCAGACGAGAAAGCGACGAGAUGUGACAGAAGAACAGAGUAGCACAACAUCAACACCUGUAGAGGAAGCUGUACUCACAGCCAAACUCAUACCAGGAGCCUGCCUGAAAGGAUGUGCAAUGGGGUUCUAUUUGUUCUCGAUCAUAUCCAGUAUUAUCAACUGCUUCGGUGCAUCCGGGCGCAUAGGAAAUUUACUUGUCAACUAUCGGUGUGUUGCCAAGGAGGACAAAUCCUUCACGCAAGGACUGAUUCUGAUGAUGAUCAGUCUGUUUGCGCUUAUUCCGGGACCAAUCAUUUACGGAAGGAUCAUUGACAGUACGUGUCUGGUGUGGACCGAAGAGUGUGGGUCGCGAGGGAACUGCCAACUGUACGAUCAGCGCCUCUUCCGAUAUUAUAUCAAUUUGACGGCGUUAGGUUUAACAGCAAUUGGAGUAUUUUUUGAUAUUCUUGUAUGGUGGUACGGAAGAAGUUUGGAUUUAUACGGCGACCAGGAAGCACAACAGAAGAAAAUGGCAAAAACAGCUCCUAAGAUCGCGUUCACGUGAUUGGAUGAUUGGAACAAUGUGAAGAACAUCACUUAAUUUUUUUAUCACCAGCAGAGUUUAUUUUUAUGUUCGGAUAAAUCGUUCGACUAGUUUGUUUCAUGUGAUUUUAUAUUUAAAACAGUAAAAUAGAAUAAAAAUUCUAUAUUUUACAAAUAUAUCAUCUAAAUCUGUGAUUUGUUAAAGCAAUAAGUUUGUUACAAUUGCGUUACAGAAUACAACGUUAUGUGAAACUAAUCAAAUCUGCUGAAAUUGUAUUUGUAAAAGAAAAUAUAUGUACAUUCUUAUGAGCAAAGAUUUUACUCCAAUGAGAGGAAGUGUUUCACUGCAAUACACACAAAUGUUCAACUACUAGGCUUUUUGUCCUUGACGGGGCCAUAAUAACUGUCGCUGAACUAUGUCGAGCCAUGCCUAAUUGACUGCUGCUAUAUCGACUAGAAUUUGAAUCAACUAUAUAUGUGUAGUGUGAUACUUCAAUAAACAAAACAAAAUAACAUCAUCAACAAGAGAUUGCGUAAAAGACUAUCGAUAAAAACCAAACGUCUUAUCGUUUUCACUCUAGGAGGCAGUCGAUUUAGAUUUGACCUUUCUGAAUUCUACCGCUUUGCCGACCGGUUGAAUGCCCAGUUUCUUUGCCUGUGCUAAUGACCUCCAGAUCUAGAACAAAACAGAAUCUGUCAAUGUAACAUUCUAUCAACAAACUAGCAUCAAUUACCUUAAUUUCAUAGUCGUCACUAGUGGUUACAAGCAUUUCAUUGUCCCGUGGAUUGAAGGCUACGCUAUUUACAACAUCACCAUGCUGGUACUUGGCCAAGCAAACGCCGUAGUAGCGGUCCCACAGAUAGGCGUGCAUGUCUUCGGCCCCACUGUCAGGAUAGAAGUAUUAAUAGAAAUUUUAAGUUUUAGUGUAGCAAACAUGACUGUACAACAUUUUUUUUAUUUUGGCUAUCUCAAUCAAUUCAUUUAACAAUGAGAAACAAGGGCUUACAAUGAUAAAUUUUAUAGUAUGAACAGAAUAAAACAAUAUUCAAGAAA